AUCAGUGGCCCCGGGAAAAGCUAUCACAGAAUUCCAAUACCAAUUCCAAAUUCUGGAACAGGUCUCUCCGAAUCCAAAUGAGGUAAACUGCAGUAGUGCAUUGAGACACAAGAACCUGAACAGGGGAAUACAGUACCUACCAAUUGAGAAUCACCGUGUGUUCCUGAAAGGGGAGGACCCUGGCCGUGACUACAUCAAUGCCGUCUUUGUCAAUGGCUACAAGCACCAGAAGGCAUACAUCAUUGCCCAGAAUCCACUGGACUCAACUGUGCGUAACUUCUGGAAGCUAUGACAGGAAGUGUGCGGCUGUUGUGAUGUUGACUCCACUCAGUGAGAAUGGGAAGGAGGCAUGCUCCCAGUACUGGCCAGAGAGUGGCAAUGUCAUCUCCUUCGGUGAGUUCACCAUUGAUAACUUGGGGGAGGAAACCAACACUGGGUUCGUUUUGAGGCAACUGAGCGUACUUAAUAAGAAGACAAAGCAAACUCUGCAAAUAAUUCAAAUCCAAAUUCUCGAUUGGAAGUCGACUGGUGCAUGUGCAAACUUCAAGAUUGUAACUGAUGUCAAUGAGGAGGUUGUAAAGGUUCAAAGGAGGACUGGAAACAAGGCGAUUGUGGUCCACUGCAGUGACACUGCGACCCGCUCUGGUAUGUACUGCUCCAUAGCUACUACCAUUGACCGUUGCAAGACAGAGGGAGUGGUGGAUGUGUUCCAGGUGGUCAAGGCUCUCAGGGUCCACAAGCCAGGGGCAGUACCCUCAGUCGACAACUACAAGGAUGUUUUUGAGGCCUUGUUGGUCUACUUGGACUCCUUCGAUACUUACGCAAACUUUCUCUAAAACUAAAAUGGAAACUAGAACUGGGCGGCAGCUUUUGGGAGAGGGAGAUUCUAAUAUAAUGUGCACAUGUUUUAAGUUAGACGUAGGAUUUUAGUUUUGUGUAUUGCCACAACAUCAGUGUGAUGAAACAAUUUUGAGUGAGAGUUGCCAAACUAAAAAUCGUAUACUAUAAUAUAUAAUAGCUUUUGUGGUGGCCGGUCAUGCAAGUGGUUCAGGUCGUCGUGUGUGAUAAUAUUAUGUUACUGAUGGCUUGUCAUACAGCCGCAUAACAUUGCUGAUGAAUGCAGGUCAAGAUUAAGAAGCCUUUUUUAAUAGCUACCUUGUACUUUACCUUCUAUAUACUCCUGCUUGUUUGUAAGU